UCGCUCUCUCGUUACUCGUUUCCCAGCCAGAGAGAGAGAGAGAUUGAGCUUCAACAAUGGGGGUUAGGGCACGGCCCAAUUUGAGCGGCGAAGCCGAAGACGACACCAUUCCGCUCAUGAUUUCGAAGCUCAAGACGGCGUUUCUCCCCGCCGACUUCCAACGCGCCGAGCGGGCCUUACUCGCCAGAGAAUCCAAUCUGAGGCGAGAAAUCGAGAAGCUGAAGAAGGAAAACGCGAGGCUUCUGGAAGACAACCAAUUCCGGGAGCUGGCGAUGCUGAGAGUGGAGACUGAUUCGAAAGGUGUGAUCUUUGAGCAGAGGAGGAAGAUCAGGGAGCUGGAGACGCAGAAAUUGAAGCUCGAGGCGUUGGUUAAGAGCGAGUAUGAAGGAUGGAAGGGGCUGAUUUCGAAGCUGGAGGGAGAUGCGAAGAAAUUGAGCGGCGAAAAGGGUGUGGGUUUCAGGAGCAGCAAUGUUGGUGUGGUGGUGAAAUUAGAGAGGGAGUUUGGUGCUAAUGAAGUUGGAGGCGUGGCGUCGAGUGCAGGGAGCUCGAUUCUCAGUGAAGGAAAUGGAGGUGUCAAAGUUUCAGGUAUUCGGAAAUCUUCAUCUGAAGAUGCUGGUUUGAUUGAUAGACAUAAUGAGUGUGCUCCCAGGGAAAUCGAGAUGCUGUGUGAGAAUUCUGAAAUACAUAAAGGCACUGGAUCUUUGGGUUUGACUGGUGUAGAAAGGAAGCUAAGGGUUCUUAAAAGAAAACCAGCGUCAUCUUUAAGUGGUAGUGAUGAUGAAAACAGGGGUGGCAAUUUUAAGAAAGAUAAAAACUCAGACAGUGAGAUGAAGCAACUCCAGAAGUUGAGCAUUCAGCCUGAUGGUCCUCUUAUCAAGCAAUGCACAGAAAUACUUGAUUUUUCUGGUAGUAAUGACUCUGAAAUUCAAAAUUUACCAAGUCAUGAGCAAGUGAACUCAAGGCAAUCUGAAGAGAAAAUUAUGGCAGAACAGACGUCACAACCUUUUCUCAAGGCUCUUAUGGAGGUGAGUAGUGCUUUUGAUAAUGAUCCUCAUGCCGAUCUUAGUUCUAGUUGCAGUUCAAGUUCCUCUGACUCUGAAGAUGACUGUCUACUACUAUCUGCACUUGAUGAUAUUAUGCCAAAAGCCAAAGCAAGAGAGGGGAGCUGUUCUGUCUAAUGAGGGUAAAAAGAUGAUGUAGAUGAUUGACGAAAAUUGUAGUUCUGAGUGCAAGAAGCUAACAAGACAUACUGGGAGGAGGUUCAAAGAUUUAGUUGAAGAAAGGGGAUCAUGUCUUUCAAAGUUGUUACAUUGACUGCUUACCAAAUACUAUGAGGAGCAGUGUCGAUGACAGCUUUUAACUGAGGCUUGGCUCCUUUUACUGUAAGUAGAUAGCUAGAUAGAUAGGUCCAUGAUGUAGCAUGAGAAAAAGCCGAUGGUUUCUUCUUAUCACGUAGUUCAUUAACAUUACCACCGGUAUACCCGUAUGCUGCUGUUUUGUUGGAACUAGCUGAUAUGAGUAUAACAAAACCGGGUAUUACAUCUGGUCAGCCAAAAGAUGUUGCUCCUAUCUGUUCACUUAUUUCCAUUUUCCAGUUAUUAUUUCUUUAGCUCUUCUCUAUAUUCUUUCUGCUA